UAACUACUUUGGGUCUUCUUGGGCAGAGUACUUAUGAGGAUCAGGGCAGCCCUGCAGGCUUCUGGAGGACUCCAGUGAGUUUGAACUUCCCUGAGGCUAAUUGGCUGAUGGAUUGCUUAGACUGGUCACCAAGACUGACCAGCCCAGGCCCAAGUAGUUUGGGAGACCCAACCAGGCCAGUCCACUUCACUAAUCUGCUCCUACCCGUACAGCCAUGGAAAAGAUGUCCCGAGUGACCACGGCCCUGGGUGGUAGUGCGCUGACGGGCCGCACCAUGCACUGCCACUUGGAUGCGCCAGCCAAUGCCAUCAGCGUGUGCCGUGAUGCAGCCCAAGUGGUCGUGGCAGGCCGCAGCAUCUUCAAGAUUUACGCCAUCGAGGAGGAGCAGUUCGUAGAGAAGCUGAACCUCCGUGUGGGCCGCAAGCCUUCACUCAAUCUGAGCUGUGCUGACGUGGUCUGGCACCAGAUGGAUGAGAACCUGCUGGCCACAGCAGCCACCAAUGGUGUAGUGGUCACAUGGAAUCUUGGUCGGCCAUCUCGAAACAAGCAGGAUCAGCUGUUCACAGAACACAAGCGCACUGUGAACAAAGUCUGCUUCCACCCCACUGAGGCCCACGUGCUGCUCAGUGGCUCCCAGGAUGGCUUCAUGAAGUGCUUUGACCUCCGCAGGAAGGACUCUGUCAGCACCUUCUCCGGUCAGUCUGAGAGUGUGCGGGAUGUCCAGUUUAGUAUCCGAGACUACUUUACUUUUGCCUCCACCUUUGAGAAUGGCAAUGUGCAGCUCUGGGACAUCCGCCGUCCUGACCGAUGUGAGAGAAUGUUCACAGCCCACAAUGGGCCCGUCUUCUGCUGUGACUGGCACCCUGAGGACAGGGGCUGGCUGGCCACAGGUGGACGCGACAAGAUGGUGAAGGUCUGGGAUAUGACCACACAUCGUGCCAAGGAGAUGCAUUGUGUGCAGACCAUCGCCUCAGUAGCUCGUGUCAAGUGGCGGCCUGAGUGCCGCCAUCACCUGGCCACAUGCUCCAUGAUGGUGGACCACAACAUCUAUGUGUGGGAUGUGCGCCGGCCCUUUGUGCCGGCUGCUAUGUUUGAGGAGCACCGAGACGUCACAACAGGCAUUGCCUGGCGCCACCCACACGACCCCUCCUUUCUGCUCUCUGGCUCCAAGGACAGUACUCUGUGCCAGCACCUGUUCCGUGAUGCCAGCCAGCCUGUUGAACGCGCAAACCCUGAGGGUCUCUGCUAUGGUCUCUUUGGGGACCUAGCCUUUGCUGCCAAGGAGAGCCUUGUGGCUGCUGAAUCGGGGCGCAAACCCUAUGCUGGUGGGCGCCACCCCAUGUUCUUCAAGCGCAAGCUGGACCCCGCUGAGCCCUUUUCAGGACUUGCCUCCAGUGCCCUCAGUGUCUUCGAGACAGAGCCUGGUGGUGGCAGCAUGAGCUGGUUUGUGGACACAGCUGAGCGUUAUGCUCUGGCCGGUCGGCCACUGGCAGAGCUCUGUGACCACAAUGCGAAGGUCGCUCGGGAGCUCGGCCGCAACCAGGUGGCACAGACGUGGACCAUGCUGCGGAUCAUCUACUGUAGCCCUGGUCUGGUGCCCUCCGCCAACCUCAACCACAGUGUGGGCAAAGGCAGCUCCUGUGGCCUGCCACUCAUGAACAGUUUCAACCUGAAAGAUAUGGCUCCAGGGCUAGGAAGUGAGACAAGGCUGGACCGAAGCAAAGUGGAUUCACGGAGUGACACAGUUCUCCUUGACUCCUCUGUCACGCUCAUCACCAAUGAGGAUAACGAGGAGACUGAGGGUAGUGAUGUGCCUGCUGACUACCUGCUGGGUGACGUAGAGGGCGAGGAGGAUGAACUUUACCCACUGGACCCAGAACAUGUACACCCUGAGGAGCCUGAGUACGUGCUGCCACAGGAAGCCUUCCCGUUGCGUCACGAGAUCGUGGAUACACCGUCCGGGCCAGAGCACUUGCAAGACAAGGCCGACUCGCCGCAUGUGAGCGGCAGUGAGGCGGACGCCGCCUCUCUGGCACCUGUGGACUCCGCCUUCUCCCUCCUCUCCGUCUCACAUGCACUCUAUGACAGCCGCUUGCCGUCAGACUUCUUCAGUGCACUAGUGCGCGACAUGCUGCGCUUCUAUGCAGAGCAGGGAGAUGUGCAGAUGGCUGUGUCUGUCCUCAUCGUGCUGGGUGACAGAGUGCGCAAGGAUAUCGAUGAGCAGACUCAGGAGCACUGGUACACAUCCUACAUUGACCUGCUGCAGCGCUUCUGCCUCUGGAAUGUGUCCAAUGAGGUGGUAAAACUGAGCACCAGCCGUGCAGUCAGCUGCCUCAACCAGGCGUCCACUACCCUGCAUGUCAACUGUAGCCACUGCAAGCGGCCCAUGAGCAGCCGGGGCUGGGUCUGCGACAGGUGCCACCGCUGUGCCAGCAUGUGUGCUGUCUGCCACCACGUGGUCAAGGGUCUGUUCGUGUGGUGCCAGGGCUGCAGCCAUGGUGGCCACCUACAGCACAUCAUGAAGUGGCUGGAGGGCAGCUCCCACUGCCCUGCUGGCUGCGGCCACCUCUGCGAGUACUCCUGACUUGGGAUGCCGUGCGGCCAGGCACGCAGACCCUUGCCCGUUUCUUGUGCUGAGAUGGAAGGGGCUGGAACCUGUGAAUCCAAUAAAAGA